AUGGGCUUUAACAGGGACUAUAAUAUGUUUCUUCAUGCCAUUUGGGUUAUUAGUUCGAUGAGUAGAGAGAAUUGGGAGUUGAAAUUAGAGCUCUUUAAGAGUUUGGGGUUUUCAGAAGACGACAUUUUGUCAGUUUUUAGGAAACAGCCUAUGGCAUUUGCUGUGUCAAAGAGGAAAAUUAAGGCCAUAACACAGCUUCUCCUUAACACUGGCAAAUUUGACAUCUCAUUUGUUGUUAAGAACCCAAAUUUACUUAUUCUCAGUGUUGAAAAUAGGCUUAAACCGCGGUUAGGAGUUAUGAAGGUUUUGGAAAGGAGGAAUUUGCUUCUUAAAAUGCCAAAUUUGAGGACUGUAUUCCAGAUGACUGAUAAGAAGUUCUUGGAGAAAUAUGUAGUCCCUUAUUCAGAUGGAGUAGGUGAAUUAUUCGUGGUUAAGAAGGCCUCAUUAACAGUAGAAAUAUGUGCUUAA